CACUGGCACUGUAUGCCCCAACGCAGCGACGAUUACGCCUUCCAGUCUCCACCCUCGCCUCGGUUUCGCUUCCACCGAUCCGCCGCGCCGCGUGUCCGUCUUCCCCAGCCUCCUCGCCGUUUCGCUCGGCGGCGCCGGCGUAGUGGCGCGCACCCCCGUCGACUCCACUGAUCCCGCGCUGCUGCAGGGGAAUCCUAGAUCGGCGCUCGGCAGAGGGUUGCAAGCAUGUAUAUCCGAGUGAAGCGAAACAAGAGUACUUACUUCAUACAAUGCGAACCGACAGAGACAGCUUUGAACAUCAAACAGAAGUUGCAUUCACUGAUAGAUCAACCUCCUAGUAGUCAGCAGCUGGUCUUGUUGGCUACAAAUGAUGUGUUGGAAGACUCAAAGACAUUGGCUGAUCAAAAGGUGGAAAAUGAUGCUGUUGUUGCCCUGGCUUUGAGAAAAGACGACAAUGAAUUUGAGGAAGUUUUCAUCGCCAGACCAGAGGAUUUCAUGUCAUCGCCGUGACUUCAUUUCUGCAAGGGCUGCGGCUUCUCUUAGUGGAUCCGGCUGCUUGUUCUACAUUGAUCCCUCUAGGGUGUUGCUCAACCCUUUGUUAUAAAGAUGUUAAACAACCAUUGCGGAUUGCAUUAAGUUUUGAUUUGACCCUCCAACUGAUUCCGUGCUCUUGUACCUACUGGAGUCUGUCCUGAUGUUCUGAUCAAGCACACCUAAUUGUCCUUUUGUACCAGCCGCAAGCAUGUGAGAUCCACCACCUAAUCCAUUGACCAUUAUUUUGCUGGGUU